UUUAAUCAUUCAGUGUCUCACUUCUUUUUUGCAGAUAUAAAUGAAUGUGAAGCAGGAAAGCACAGCUGUCAUGCAAAAGCUAAUUGCAAUAACACUAAAGGAUCCUUUGAGUGCACCUGCAAGCCAGGGUAUUCUGGGAAUGGAGUUAACUGCACAGGUGAAAACAAUACCUCGGUCUUCUUUAUAAUGAGUCUUUUUCUAAUCAACUCCAUUUAUCAAGCCAUUUAUCUAGCCAAGUUCAGCCACAAGGUAGUAUGCAGCUUAGUCUCUGGUAGUGCAGUUUGUUCUUUUAAGCUGAAUAAGUAUGGAAUGCUCCUGCAUUAUAAAAGUUUGUGAUUUGCAGUAUCUGUAUGCAAUUUUAGUCUUAUACAUGCUUGAGAUAUUUAAGUUUUUUAUGUAUUAUUAUAUUGUUCCCAUGCAGGAUUGUCAUGUCCAAAAACGCAUUCACACUGGGUGACCUUACUACAUUUAAUUAUAUCAAACCAAUGUACACAAUUCCGCGUUUAGAGUAUGAGCGGAAACGUGCCCUUUUUAUCCCUCAUUCUGUUGGCCAUUUUUCUUUAGAGAGGAAGUCAUUCUGUAUUCUCUAACAUCUUGCUUCCUUAGGUCUCGCGAAUCCUCUAUCUAUACACUUGAUGUCAUUUCUGAAUUUCUCACCUGCUCAAUAUAUAGCAAAAAUGUUUCUGCUUUUCAGUAUAGCCAGAAAUCUCUCGCUCCCUCUCUCUUCUGAUCUUACCCAGUUCUAGAAAAUAAAAGGUUAAUAGGUAAAUCAGUUUUGAUGAUUUAGUCCUGCAUCUGACUUGCAGACGUAAACGAGUGUAUAACAGGAGAGCACAACUGUGAUGCCAAUGCAGACUGCAAUAACACUGAAGGAUCUUUCGAGUGCACUUGCAAGCCAGGGUAUUCCGGGAACGGAGUUAACUGCACA